AUGGAGGGAGUGGGCGAUUCCGGAGGCGCUCCAGAGCACCUACAGCGCGUGUCGCCGCUGGUGGAUGGAUCCGAUGAUGGCUACAUGCAGCCAGCCAAGUCGGCGCCUGCCGAACUGGUGCACACCAAGUCGAUGCUGCGGCGGGCGCAGAAUCGUGCCGACGACCUGCGCCGCAUGUUCCAGCUGCCAUCCACCGAGCACCUGAUCGACGAAUUCAUGUGCGCACUGAGGAAGAAGGUGCUGCUGCAGGGGCGCAUGUACCUGUUCCGCGAGCACGUCUGCUUCCACUGCAACCUGUUUGGCUACCAGAAGACCAAGUGCAUCCCGCUGGCCGGCGUGGUGGAGGUGCGCAAGAAGAAGAACGUGGGCUUCCCAAACAGCAUCGAGCUGACACUGGAGAGCGGCAAGCGCGAGUUCUUCACCAGCUUCCUGGCCAGGGAGGAGGCGUACCGGCUCAUCAUGAACCAAUGGCGGCACUGCAGCGAGCACGCGCCGCCCACGCCCGAGCCGGAUGCGGUGCCCGAGGUGGCGGGCAGGAGCCGGUCCGUGUCGCGCCUGCUGCGCGGCAUGAGCAGCCUGGUGCACCGCGAGGGCAGCUGCUCCCGCGACACGCCUGAGCCGGGGGCGUUUGGGCUGGGCGUGGGCGCGCCGCUGGAGGCGCUACAUGAGGAGGGGUCGGUGGGAGACGCCAGCGGCAGCGGCGGCUGCAGCUCGCUGGCCGGCGACCCGGGCGGCGCGGGGCACGUGCCUGGCGCGGGCGAGGCGACCGCCGAGACCUCCCACCCCUCUCUGCUGCAAGACAACAGCUUUGUGUCGUGGGCCUCGUUCCCGGCCGGCGCCGGCGAGGGGCCCGCCACCCCCGGCGUGUCCCGUGGCGGCGCCAGCGGUGAUGGUGACGCAGGGGCGGCAGCCGACGGCGGGGAUGCCGGGCCCUUGACCUACGAGUUCCAGGCGCUGACAGACCUGCAGUGCCAGAAGGAGCUGGAGCUCGAGGUGGCGCUGAGCGAGCCCGCGCCGCCGGUGCCGCCCACCAUGCAGCUCGUGCUGGAGUUUGACCUGCCCUGCCCGCCGCUGGAGUUCUGGAGCCGCUUCCUGGCCAACCAUUCCAACUGGCUGCACAAGUUCCACGCCUCACGCGGCGACUCCAGCAUCCGCGUCAGCAAGUGGCAGCGGCACUUCAAGGCACGCCGCGCGGCGGCGGCGGCGGCCUGCACUGCAUGCCAGGCCGCGCUGGGGUGGCGGCAGCAUGUGGGCAUGGUGCGGGACGUACAGUUUGUGCACCCCGUCAAGGCGCGCAUCGGUCCUCCGCAGGCGGUGUGCCACCAGACCCAGAGGCUCAAGGUGUUUGCUCGGCGGCACCUGGUGCUGGAGACGAGCCAGGUGAUGAGUGACAUCCCCUACGCAGACCACUUCAGCGUGGAGACGCGGUGGGAUGUGGCGCCGGCCAAAGGCGGCAGCAGAGUAACAGUGCACAUCCAGGUGCCCUUCUCCAAGAAGACCAUGUGGCAGCGGUUCAUCGAGAAGGGCAGCUUUGACGACACGCUGGAGAUGGUGCAGGGGUGGCGCCAGAUGGCGAGCCAGAAUCUGGCGGCAGACCCGUCCACCGGCCUGACCCCCGGCGGCAGCGAGCCGCACAGCGAGGCGGAGUGGAACCUGCUGCUCAGCAGGGUGGACCCCCACUACCGAGGCGCGGUGCAGCACCUGCGCCGCCACUCCCGCGCCGGCUCCAUCAGCCAGCAGGGCGGCGUGCACGUGGGCCGCCAGCUGCCGGUGCUGGCGCGGCACCGCCGCAACGCCAGCCGCAGCGACGGCGCGGGGCGGGGCAGCCCGGUGGGCCACCACACGCAUCUCGGUUCCCCGUCCAGGCCAAGCAGCAGAGCUGCCAGCUUCCGCAACCUGGAGCAGCUUGUGGAGCAGCUUGUGGAGCAGCAGGCUGAGCAGCCAAAGCUGACCACACAACAACAACAGCAGCAGGAGCGUCAGCAGCAGCCAAAGCGGCCUCUACUUGUAGCCACCGUGCUUGCGUUAGUAGGCUGGCUGCUGAGCCUGCUGCGGGCAGGCGCCCACUCUGCCGAGGGCAGCAGUGGGCAGCAGGUGGCGCUGGCGGCGGCGGCGCUGGGGCACGAUGUCGCGCAGAUGCAGGACGCGAUGCGGCAGCUCCAAGUGCAGCUAGACAGUGCACUCAGCACUGCGGCCGACCUGGCGCGACGCCUGCAGAAAGGCACAGCCGCUGCCAUCAGCGGCGGCACCUGA